AUGUCCGAAGAUACCAAAGAAUCUACUAAUGGUGAACCUUCAAUUGUGACUGAACAAAUUAGUGAAAAACGUAUUGGUUGUGCUCAUUAUAAACGAAGAGCUAAAUUUGUGACACCAUGCUGCAACAAGUUGUACAUGUGCCGCUACUGUCAUGACGAAAAUGAAGCACACUACUUCAACAGAAAAUCGGUUACAGAGCUGAUUUGUACAGAAUGUGAUACUCGACAAAAGGUCCAAGCAGAAUGCUCCAAUUGUGGUGUGACAUUUGGCAAGUAUACAUGCCUUAUUUGCAACUUAUUUGAUGAUGAAGAUAAAAAGCAAUAUCACUGUGAGGGUUGUGGUAUAUGUCGUGUGGGAGGAAGAGACCGGUUCUUCCAUUGUGAACGCUGUAACAUGUGCCUUCCAGUGCAAUUACAACGUGUAGGCCACAGAUGUGUUGAGAACGUAUCCCGGUCAAACUGUCCUGUGUGCCUCGAGGAUAUACACACAUCCCGUAUCCCUUGCCACAUUCCGGACUGUGGACACUUGUUGCACCGACCCUGCUUCGAACAGAUGCUGAAAUCUGGUCACUACGCCUGCCCCACCUGUCAAACUAGCAUGAUUGAUAUGACCAACUUGUGGAACUAUUUGGACUCCGAAGUGGCCGCGACGCCGAUGCCGCCCGAGUACGCCGAUUACAAGACCACUAUAUUAUGUAAAGACUGCCAUAAGCUUUCAACAGUGAAGUUCCAUGUAGUGGGGCUGAAAUGUCAGCACUGUGGAGGAUACAACACGUGUCAGACCAAUGGAUUUCACAAGGACACAGGCACCUCUGAUCAAUGUGAGUCCUCAUCAUCCACCUCGUCAUCCACCAGCAGGAGCGGUUCUUCCUCGACCAGGGAGGAACAGCUACAUGAUCUCCCCCAAGCGAACCCCUUGGACGAACCGCCUCAAGCU